GAGAACCGGAAACCUUGGGCUCCCCGCAGCUCUGGGGAAGGCGCAGGCGCUUAGGCUUUCGCCGCACGCCCCACCGCCUGUCCUCUCACAUUCUUGGGCGUCGCAAGCUGUAUCGCGUAAAGGGCCUCAGCCAAAGAGGAGGCGGAAGUGACGGCCGGUUGGCUGACAGUCGCAGCUGCUGCGAGGCUGAAGCCGAAGUGGACUAUUCUUCUGGAGUUGCUGGUCCGUCACUUCUCAGGUAUCACCGAGAGCUCAGCAGCAAGACUGAACUGUACCACUUAGAAGAAUGGAAGCUAAUGCAUCUGUCGACAUGUUUUCAAAAGUCCUGGAGAAUCAAUUGCUUCAGACUACCAAACUAGUGGAAGAACAUUUAGAUUCUGAACUUCAGAAACUGGAUCAGAUGGACGAGGACGAAUUGGAACGCCUCAAAGAAAAGAGACUCGAGGCACUAAGGAAAGCUCAGCAGCAGAAACAAGAAUGGCUUUCAAAAGGACAUGGGGAAUAUAGAGAAAUCCCUAGUGAGAGGGACUUUUUUCAAGAAGUCAAGGAGAGUAAAAAAGUGGUUUGCCAUUUCUACAGAGACUCCACAUUCAGAUGUAAAAUCCUAGACCGACAUUUGGUGAUACUGUCCAAGAAGCAUCUUGAGACCAAAUUUUUGAAGUUAAAUGUGGAAAAGGCACCUUUCCUUUGUGAGAGGCUGCGCAUCAAAGUCAUCCCCACACUAGCCCUGGUGAAGGAUGGAAAGACACAAGAUCACAUUGUUGGGUUCACAGACCUAGGAAAUACAGAUGACUUCACCACAGAAACUUUAGAAUGGAGGCUCGGUUGUUCUGACAUCCUUAACUACAGUGGAAAUUUAAUGGAGCCACCAUUUCAGAGCCAAAAGAAAUUUGGAACAAACUUCACAAAGUGGGAAAAGAAAACUAUCCGAGGAAAGAAAUAUGAUUCGGACUCUGAUGAUGAUUAGAGAUCAGUUAUAAUUCUUUGUAAAUUGUCUUUUUAUUUCUGCUCACUUUAGAAUUAGAUGUGUUUUCUAAAUUCUGUUGAUUUCAAUGCAUUGGUCAUCUAGUGCUCAUAUUCUGGAGUUUUACACAUAUCACACAGAAAGACAUCUUUAAUAUUUUCUGUGUGGAGCUCAUGUUUAAGUUGAGGAAAACUUCUGUGUUCUUAAAUGAUCUGGAAAGGGUCUGGAUUCUCUAUUUUUGCGAUUGAUUUUUAUUGCAAUAUGAUUUUUAUGUCUUUAUACCAUUCACAAUUGUGUUUUUAAUCUACUGGAUUGGAAAUAGAAAUUCAACAAACUAUUCCAGGACUAAUUCUCACACAUUAUUUAUUUUAUACAACAGGUCAAGUAACAUUUACAUGGCACUUGUAAAUGAAUUAUGAAAAACACUCUUCACUUCUGGAAUAUAUUUAAAUAACUAUUAAAGAGCUGCUUAUUUA